AAGCUGGAAGAGUAGAAAUGCAUAAAAUUCCACCUCCUUAAAAAGUACAGAAUUCUAUAAAUAGAAGGAAGCAUAGAGAUUUUUAUGCAAUCUUAUCCCUUAGUUUUACAGAAGUGUGUCUAAAUAGUAUUUUGACUGUCAAAGCCACAGUAGUGACUUUACAUAGAGGACGAUAAGCCAUGACCCAUCUCUCAAUAUAACCCACUCUCAAUAAUACACUUUCAAUGGUUAUUUGUACAAUCACCCAAGCUGAGUUUCCUUUCCUUGUUUCUUCAGGGACAGCCUGCCGACUUGUAGCAAUGGCCAUGGGAAAUGUGAGCACUGUCACUGAAUUCACCCUGACUGCCUUUCCAGGUCUUCUGGAGAUUCAAAUAUUCCUUUUUGCACUUCUCUCGCUGACUUACACAUUAAUAGCAAUAGGGAACGUUAUCAUCAUCUCCCUCAUAUGCACCAACCAUCACCUGCAAAUCCCAAUGUACUUCCUCCUCAACAAUUUGUCCUGUCUGAAUAUUGUAUACGCUACAGGACCCCCAAAGUUGCUAGCUUGUCUGGUAGAAGAGAAAAAGAUCAUAUCCUUUGCUGGCUGCAUGACUCAAGCGUAUUUCUACUUCUUCCUGGGGAUAGUGGAGUUUCUCCUCUUGGCAAUCAUGUCCUUUGACUGCUCCGUGGCCAACUGUAACGCUCUGUGCUACACCAUCAUCAUGAACAGCAGAGCCUGCCUCCUGCUGGUUCUUGAAUGCUGGGUGGGAGCCCCUGUGUUGGUACCAACCAUUGUAGUGGCAAGGCUACCUUACUGUAGGGAAGAAAUUAAUCAUUUUUCCUGUGACAUUGCCCCUCUUCUACAGGUGGCCAGUGUAGAUACUCACAUUGAGAAGAUAAACUUUCUCCCCUCUGCCCUUGUCAUUCUGAGUUCCCUGGCAUUCACUACUGGACCCUAUGCCUACAUCAUUUCUACCAUCCUGUACAUCCCCUCAGCCCAAGGCCAUCAGAAAGCUUUUUCUACCUGUGCUUCUCACAUCACAGUCAUUUCCAUUGCUUAUGGAAGAAACAUUGUUGUGUAUGCAAGACCAAAUCAGACACAUUCACUGGAUUUUGACAAGGUCACUGUUCUUCUCACUACAGUGGUAACACCCCUCCUGAACUGUUUCAUCUACAGGUUGAGGAUUGAAAAGGUAAAAGAAGAUUUGAGAAAGACAAAGGACAGAAUUGUGUCCUUGAUUCUAAGGAAAACUCACCACUGGUGUUUAGUAUAUCACAAAGCAUUUCUUAUCUUCAGCACUUUCAUUCUGCUUGAAAACAGUGGUAUAAUAGUAUGCCAGAAAUUUGAGACCGUAUCUACAGGAUGAGCAAUGACUGUACCAAACUGAAAGAAAAUUCUGUUCAUGUCCAGGGAUAGAAAGGAAUCCAAUCCAUGAUCUGUCUUGUAUUUGCAGGUAUUUAUAGGUCUCCAGUUCCAAUCCUAAUCAUUUUCCAGGAACUUUGUUCAUGUCACAAUUUAUGUGAGCCUCAAUCUCUCCAUCUCCAAAUGAAAUAAUAAGUAAUAAAAUGUCACUAUUUGUCAUGAGGCAUGUAAAGCUAGAGAAUUUUAAUUCUUAUCAAAUACUCUUGAAUAUUUCAAGGAACCUAAUCUUAACCUCUGUUAGCCAUAUCAAAUAGAUAUUAUGGAAGCAAUGAUGGAAAAGAAGGUAUAACCCAGGAUAUCAAGCCUCCAACUAUACUGAGUGAGAGGUGGAGAUAUCUGAGGUGAAAAGGAACACAAGAGGUGGGUUAGUGGUAGAAUUAGAGAUUUCUGUGGACAUGCAAUUGUAAGUUGUCAGUUUCAUAAUUAUAAGAAAGAGAUAAGAGCUAGAGAGAAAGUUUAGGAAGCCACCAAAUAUAUUAAUGAUAAUUAAAUCUAUAAAAAUGACCUAGAUCACUGGGGAAGACAACAAAAGGAGACAAUCUACAGAUUAGUUGAAGGAUGGGCAACCAAAAGAAGAAAAAUCAAGAGUAUGGUACCACAGAAUAGGAUAAAAGGCAAGGAGAGACCAAGGGGAGAACAUUUCAAGUAGCAUCAUGACGGAUUGAAAGUAUCUUCUGCAUGCAGUGGCAACAGAUCUGAAUGACUUCAGUAAAAAAAAUAGAAUCUGGGAAAUAAAACCUAAAAAAGAAAGAGGGAAUAUAAAAUACAAUACUAUCAAGAAAAUCAUCUGGAAUAUAAGUAGUGCUGUAAUAUGAAGGAAAUGUGCAUUAAAUCAAAGAUUAUUUUGAAAUACAAGAUACAUUUUUGUGGAAUGUUGGCUGUAAGAGUGCAGAUGUGGGGACAGGCUGAGGCUACAGGACACAGGGGAAGAGUAACACUGGGUUGGUUCCAAGGGAUGGCCAAAGGUAAUGGACAUCUGGAGCAUUAGUGAAAAGCUAGUUGUUGGGAGAAAUUUGGAUUACAGACUAGUAACUAGGGAUGGAUGCAUUCAGAAGAGGAGCCAUACCAUGUAACAUGCAAAUUAUCACAGUGCCUUAAAAAAAAAAAAAGAUUUAAUUUAUUUGUUUGUUUGUUUACUUAUUUAUCUAUUUGAAAGUCAGAAUUACAAAAAGAGAGAGGGAGAGACACAGAGAGCUCUUCCAUCUGCUGGUUCACUCCCAAAAUGGCCACUGUGGCCAAGGCUGGCACAGGCCAAAGCCAGGAGGAAGAAGCUUCAUCCAUAUCUCCCAGGUAGGUGCAGGGGCGCAAGCACUUGAGCCAUCUUCUACUGCUUUCCCAGGAACAUUAGCAGAGAGCUGGAUCGGAAGUAGAGCAGCUGGGACUCAAACCAGCACCCAUGUGGGAUGCCGGCACUACAGACAGCAGCUUAACCCACUGUACCACAGCACCAGUCCCUCACAGUGCCUUUGGACAGCUGCCCUAAAGUGAAUCUUAAGAAGACCUAAAGGCUUUGCCCUUGACUUUAAGUAGAGAAUGAUCACAAAAUAAAGUAUAAUUCUAUGGGUAGGCAUUUGGUACAAUGAUUUAAUUUGAGUCCCAGCUCUGUUUCCAGUUCUAGCUUCUUGCUAAUGUUUACCCUGAGAGGAAUCAGGGAUAGCUCAAGGACUUGGCUCCCUACCACCAACAUGGGAGAACUGAAUGAAAUUCUGGGCUUCUCUCUCUCUGUAUGCUUCUGUCUUUAUCUGUCUCUUUGCCUUUCAAAUAAAAAUAGUUAAUAAAGUUGAUAAGGCAACAUAAAUUUUUUUAAAAG